CAGUUUCCGCCAAUUUAGCUGCAGCUUGUUUUCAUUUUUAUGCAUUUAAUCAUUUUGAAAAGUUGGAUUAACCAUCAAGAUGGACAACUAUCUGACCAAACCUACCAAGAGGUGAACAAAAAUUAAUAGCUGAAGUAUCAGUCUAAUAAAAACUCAUUGCUAAUUGUUUGGCAUGUGGAGUGAUGGUCCAACCAAUGUCUGCAAUCAGCUAUGGAAUUGCUUGCAGUAUAAGGCUUGGUUCUGUAACAAAAUAUGGGGACAAUCACACAGAAUCUGCUAAUGGAGAUUAAUCUGGCCAGAAUGGAUUGGGAACCAGUAAAAUUCGCUCCCAAGGAGAACUGGGCUUAGUUCUUCUAAAUCCAGACCAUGAUGAUAUUAAGCCUUUCUCCUCUUUUGCCAAACGGUGAAUGGAACUCUGCAUUUCUCUGUGCAUGCUAAGCAGCCUGACAUGAUCCUUUUAGUAAAUGGUAAAUGACCUACACUUGUGUAGCAGUAGGUUUAUAUCUGAUGUGCUCUAUGCUGCAAUCAUACAUUCACUCAUUAGUGCACACACUCACAUCUACGUUGAUGGUAGAAAGCUACACUGUAGCCAAUUCUACCCUGGGACAAACUGAGAGACUCAGCAAGGCUGUCAAUCAAUUGUUGCCACUGGACCCUCGGAACACCACCACCAGCAGGCGACGUGGAGGAAGAGUCUGUCCCAAAGACAGUUGGGGUUUGAGCCCUUAACUUCUGAUCCAUUGUCACCCAGAAUUUUGAACUAUUAUAGGGUUGCUGAACUUGUGUCUUUCAUGUCUUAGGAUGUGUUUCUGUUCAGCAAGCAUGAUGCAACCAAAAAGUGGUGAAAGAAGUUCUGAUAAUUGGAAAAAAAACAACAACGUAUGCAUACUAAAAACUUAACACGAAUUGGAAAAUGGAUACCAGUGUUUGCAAUGACCUUUUCUUACAGGAAUACACCAUUGACAUCUUCUUUGCCCAAACAUGGUACGACAGCCGAUUGAAGUUCAACAGUUCGAUGAAGCUGCUCAUGCUUAACAGUAACAUGGUAGGCAAAAUCUGGAUUCCCGACACCUUCUUCAGGAAUUCCCGAAAAUCCGAUGCCCACUGGAUCACAACUCCCAACCGACUUCUGAGGCUGUGGAGUAAUGGGCGAGUCAUGUACACACUGAGGUUGACUAUUAAUGCGGAGUGUUACCUUAAGCUGCAUAACUUUCCAAUGGAUGAGCACUCGUGUCCGCUGGAGUUUUCGAGCUAUGGUUACCCAAAAAACGAGAUCACAUAUCGGUGGCAGAGGCGGGCAGUGGAGGUGGCUGACCAGCGUUACUGGAGACUCUACCAGUUUGCUUUUGUAGGGAUGAGGAAUACCACCGAUGAGGCACACACUCAGUCAGGGGAAUAUGUCAUAAUGACAAUAUUUUUUGACUUGAGUCGACGGAUGGGCUAUUUCACCAUUCAGACCUAUAUUCCCUGCAGCAUGAUAGUGGUCUUGUCCUGGGUGUCCUUCUGGAUUAACAAGGAUGCCGUCCCAGCUCGGACAUCUUUAGGAAUCACCACAGUUCUCACUAUGACAACUCUGAGCACCAUCUCCAGGAAGUCUCUGCCGAAGGUUUCCUACAUCACUGCCAUGGAUCUCUUCGUCUCCGUCUGCUUCAUCUUCACCUUCGCUGCUCUCAUGGAGUAUGGGACCUUGCACUACUUCACCAGCAACCGGCAGACCAAGAAGUCCAAAGCCAACAACAGCGCACAGCAGAGAGUUCCCAGCAUGGUAAAUAUCCGACCUGGAACAUCCCUGUUGCAGAUGAACAACAUCGUUCCAUAUCACGAGGACGACGACUACGCCUACGACUGCUUGGAUGGAAAAGACUGUGCCAGCUUCUUCUGCUGCUUCGACGACUGCCGAUCGGGAGCCUGGAGAGAAAACAGGAUGCACGUUCGGGUUUCCAAGAUUGAUUCUUACUCGCGGAUAUUUUUUCCGACUGCUUUUGGCCUUUUUAAUCUAGUUUACUGGAUUGCUUAUCUUUAUUUAUAAAAGAAAAAAUGUUUAUUUGUAACUGAAAUCAGCUGGAGUUUAACAUUUGCAGGUGCAUCAGCUGCUUUUAGACUAGUUAGAAAUAACUUUGCAAACUUUUGCUUUGAUAAUAUAAAGGGCCUGGCUGCAGAGAGGCAUGGCAUAUUAGUGAUAACAGCUCCAACAUCUUGAUCCUGCACAAUAAGCAGGAAAAAUCAUCAAUGUUAGGCUGAUCUUUUUUGUGAAAUUAACCGCGAUAUAAAGUGUUUGCACAUGUAAAACUCCAGUCUCCACAGAGGAACUAUUGCCAUCAGUCUUUAAUACAACAGCCCAAAUGUUUAUUUUCUCUUUGCUACUGUGCAUUGAUAUCAUGCUUUGCACUUUGCAUCUGCAAUUGAGGGGACAUUGUCCCUAUAAUUUGAAGAUAGGUUCCUUAAUUUUUCUCCGAAAAGCCAGUAACUCAUCUGAACAAUGGCCAAUUAAUUUUGUUCAGAAUAGUCAGGGAUCGUACCUUUACAAAUACAACUUAAUUGUUCUCUGCGUUUUUCCUGCAGGCUGUCAGGAGUGAUGAUGGUUAUUUUUAUGGCAGACAGAUUUUAUACUUUCAUGUAUUAUAUGUUGCAAAAAACAGCUUUGAGUUCAUUCCUGUUCAAGCAAACACAUCAGCUGGUAAUUUAACCUUUCCAGUUGUAAAUUGAUUGUUUUCUUACCGAAGAUGUUCAUGACAAAAGCUGCAUAUCAUUUUAUACAGGUCUGUGGCAUUUAAAGCACUUCUCAGCAACGUUGUCCUAUACUUCAGCACAGCAAUAGAGUUUUACAGGCAGCUUUUAGUAGCAGAUUGUCUACGAGAACAUAUACCUGUUUGGAUCAUUUUCUCCGUCAAAUGCAUGCAUUUUUAAAAAAGGGUGCAAUUUGUUCAAAGAUGUAAGCAUUUCCUUCAAUGAACUUGUAGUUUGGUGUUCUAGACUACACAGCUUUCAUUUAUUCAUCUUUUGUUUUUAGUUUGAAGAGAGUCUGGCAGCAGAACAAAAAGAUUAAGUUCAGAUCUUCAUCUGUCUGAAAUUAAUUAGAUGUUCACUCCUCUAUCACAUAAAACGUACCUUGAGAGAGGAAAUGUUGGGAUCACAAGAAGAAGGCCAUUUUAUGCUUUGUCUCAUAUGCAUUCAGUGCUAUUCAAGCAUUCAUACAUCUUAGAAUGUAAAACACUAAUUUGCAGUUUUUCCCACUUUGUGAUUUUAAAAAACCCUCCCAUCACUUAAAAGGAGUUCAGUCAUUGCAGACAUUGAGGAUAUCAAGCCAUGAAAAGCUUCAGGUGACAUUUUGUCUCAUUUUCCCCACAAACUCAUCCUAAGGUGACAACAGUAAGCAGUUGUCACAUUUUUGGUUUAUAAACCAAAACCCAACCAGCAUUUUUGCAGAAUUCAUGAGGGAUUUUGUGUUGCACAGAAGCUCUAAUCAUAUUUGUCUAUAGUAAUGGAACUUCAAGUGUUGUUAAUAUGAAUGGUUUUAUUGUCAAAAAGUGAGAAUUCAGUAUUUGCUUAAAGCUAAUGAUAAUUUCUUUUAAAUAUUUAGAAAACAUUUUAAACACACAGCUCUAAAAUGCUUCUAAACUUUGUGAAUUGGCAUUUAAUAGCCAAAUAUCAUAUUAAAAGCAACAUAACCUAAAAAUUAUUUUUUUAAAUGACAUAAAAUGCAAAUAAAUCUGCACUUCCACUUUUUUUCUGACCAGAUAGACAAUUUUAUAGUGUAGUUUUGUGACAAAAAUAAUUUUGAGUCAUGUCCUUUAAAAACAGGAAAGCACUAUUUGUGGAUGAUGACAUCUGUCCAUCAUCUAUCUAUAGAACUUGUAACUAUGAGUUUAACCACUAUAUCCAUUGUUUUCUUUGAUAAAGAAAUAUACUUUGUUAACCAUAACACAUUGUAUGUGUGGCUGUUUAUUACACAGGGAAUUUUGGUGAGCUGUGUGGAAGUAAAUAGAUGAAGAGGCCAGAUUUCUCCCCAGCCACCAAAAAUCAUCUGCAUCUCAGAUACAUUUUCCUCCAUAUAUGACGAGCAGAAUCUUAGAUUCAGGGAAAGAAACAAGCAAAGGUUGAGUGAAGACGACACAACACAUAGAGAGAGAGAGAUAGUUUCUGCAAGGAGUCAAAAGCCAAACCACAAAGAUAAUUACCGGUUAUGUGAUGAUAUUGUUUGUCCUUUGCUCCAUUAAAUUGCCUUCUGAUGUCCACAGCUCACUGAAAAUACCAAUCAGUCACCUCUCCAAACGUUCCUCCUCAAUGUUUGCUAGUGAUAACUUGCUGUAGCCAUACCUGAACCAAAAUGACGGAGAGAAAAUUUGGCUGCAGCCCACUUUUGAAUAUUUCCACUUCCCUUCUAUUGACUUUAAGUGACUUUUGGAGCCAUUGACAGCUAGUGCAGUACAAUGUGUGAGUAA